AUGCAGAACCAGGCAGAGCACGGUCGCAGACUCGAUGCAUUAUCCCAAUUGGCACCUCGAGAGGCCCCUGAACCAGCUUAUCCUUCAAUGAGUGUGGAGGACCGAAAAGACGAUCCCAACCGCCGGAUCGACGACUUACAGGCCCCGACCGCAGUCGACCGGGAAGAAGCCUCCAUUGAGAGAGAGCUACAGAGGCUACGACGUAGCAUCAAAGACCUUUAG